ACGGGGAGAGGUCGCCACCGGGUGCGCGGGUGCAAAGGGAGGCUGGAACGCCAUUGAUACCCGGGAGAGCGGGGGACGGGAAGCGCCGUCAGCUACGACUCACGUCUGCAAAGGCGGUGGCGGCGGCGAGAGGCCAAGAGACAGCUUCGGGAACGCGAGGCGCCGCCCAUAGCUCCCCAGCUCCUCCUUGCCGCCGGUUGCCGGGUGUAGUAAACACACUUCAGAAACGUGACGAGCUGGCGGUCACGUGGCCGGGGCACCAGCCAAUGGGAGGCCGGGGGUGGGGCGUGAGCCGCUGACGCGUCCGCCCCAGCGCGAGGAGCCAGAGUCCGAGCCGGAGCUGUCGCCGACUCGGGGAGCCCAGGAGCAGGCGGGCGAGAGCGGGAGCUGGCCUCGGACCGGAGCCAGCGCCAGAAGCCGAGCUUCCCCUUCUUUUCCCUUUGCCCCGUCGCCCACCCGGCCCGGCUCGGCCACGUGACCCCCGGGCGUCGGCGCGAGGCUCCCCCCACCCAGGUCCGUCGGGACGCGAUGUGGCCGGCCCGGGCGGCCGCGGGCUUCUCUGGGUCCUAGAGCCCGCCUAACUUGAGGCCCCGCCGGGAGUCGGACCUGCCGCGAGAUGGGAGUGAACGCCGUGCACUGGUUCCGGAAGGGGCUCCGGCUCCACGACAACCCCGCGCUCAAGGAGUGUAUCGAGGGCGCCGACACGGUGCGCUGCGUCUACAUUCUGGACCCCUGGUUCGCGGGCUCCUCCAACGUGGGCAUCAACAGGUGGAGAUUUCUGCUACAGUGUCUUGAGGAUCUUGAUGCCAAUCUAAGAAAAUUAAAUUCUCGUUUGUUUGUAAUUCGUGGCCAACCAGCAGAUGUGUUUCCUCGACUUUUCAAGGAGUGGAACAUCGCUAAGCUUUCUAUUGAAUAUGAUUCUGAGCCCUUUGGAAAGGAACGCGAUGCAGCUAUUAAGAAACUGGCCAGUGAGGCAGGGGUGGAGGUCAUCGUACGGAUUUCGCACACUCUGUACGACCUCGACAAGAUCAUAGAACUGAAUGGUGGACAGCCGCCUCUUACGUAUAAAAGGUUCCAAACUCUGAUCAGCAAAAUGGAGCCGUUAGCAACACCGGUGGAUACCAUAACACCUGAAGUGAUGCACAAGUGUGUUACCCCCGUCUCAGAUGAACACGAUGAGAAGUAUGGCGUGCCCUCCCUGGAAGAGCUAGGUUUUGAUACAGACGGCUUGCCUUCUGCGGUGUGGCCUGGUGGGGAGACAGAAGCCCUCACACGCUUGGAGAGGCAUUUGGAAAGAAAAGCUUGGGUGGCAAACUUUGAAAGACCAAGGAUGAACGCAAAUUCCCUUCUAGCAAGCCCUACUGGCCUCAGUCCUUACCUGCGCUUUGGCUGUUUGUCAUGCCGUCUGUUCUACUUCAAGCUGACAGACCUUUACAAGAAGGUAAAGAAGAACAGCUCGCCUCCCCUCUCUCUUUACGGGCAGCUCUUGUGGCGUGAGUUUUUCUACACAGCAGCCACAAACAACCCACGCUUUGAUAAAAUGGAAGGGAACCCCAUCUGCGUUCAGAUUCCCUGGGACAGAAACCCCGAGGCGCUAGCCAAGUGGGCUGAAGGCAGGACAGGCUUCCCUUGGAUCGAUGCUAUCAUGACCCAGCUGCGUCAGGAGGGCUGGAUUCACCAUUUGGCCAGACACGCGGUCGCCUGCUUCCUGACUCGAGGGGACCUGUGGAUCAGCUGGGAAGAGGGCAUGAAGGUUUUCGAAGAGCUGCUGCUCGAUGCCGACUGGAGCAUCAAUGCAGGGAGCUGGAUGUGGCUGUCCUGUAGCUCCUUUUUUCAGCAGUUUUUCCACUGCUAUUGUCCCGUCGGUUUCGGUAGGAGAACCGAUCCCAAUGGAGACUAUAUCAGACGCUACCUGCCUGUCCUGAGAGGCUUCCCUGCAAAAUAUAUCUAUGAUCCCUGGAACGCACCAGAAAGUGUCCAGAAGGUGGCAAAGUGCUUGAUCGGCGUGAACUACCCUAAACCGAUGGUAAACCAUGCCGAGGCCAGCCGUCUGAACAUCGAGAGGAUGAAGCAGAUCUAUCAGCAGCUGUCACGAUACAGAGGACUGGGCCUUCUUGCUUCUGUGCCCUCCAACCCGAACGGGAAUGGUGGCCUCAUGGGCUAUGCACCUGGAGAAAACAUUCCUGCUUGUAGCAGCAGCGGUGGAGGAGCUCCAGCGGGUGUCAGCGAUGGUCAGAUACUUCAGGCCUGUGCUCUCCCAGAGCCCCCGACAGGAGCCAGUGGCGUUCAGCAGCCAGGUUACUCUCAGGGGAGUGGGAUUUCACAUUAUGCUCAUGAAGACAGUCAGCAGGCUUACAUGUUAAAGCAAGGAAGGAGCUCCCUCAGCGGCGGCGGAAAGCGGCAUAGGCAAGAGGAGGAGGCUCAGAGCAUUGGCCCCAAGAUGCAGCGACAGAGCGUAAACUAGGUGUCUAUGCCGAAGAGCUUCAGCCCUUCUGGUGUGAUAAAGGAAAAUGACACAGAGACACAGACUCGCUAUUGAUCCUCCAAGAAUGGGCAGAAUCAUGAUUAAAUCAUCGAGUUGGAGAUGGGCUCUUAGUAGAUGAAUCAGUGAACUUGCAAGUCCUCAUUUUCUGGCAGAAAUAAAUGUGUAGAGACAAUGAUCAGACCAUCCCAUUUCCCUAACUAUGUGACUGUGUGAGAACAGGGCAGGGCUGCUAGCUGUGGGUGCUUCUCACAGGCUUCCUUCUAGAAGCUCUUCCCUUAAUGUAAUUUUUUCCAGAUUCCUUCAUUUAUUCUGCCACCUUAGAAGCAGAGAUCCUUUUGAGUUUGGAAAUGAUUGGGGGCAGGGAAGGAGGGGGUAGUACUUGCCUUUCUCUGAAGCAGCCAAGUCAGUCACCCCCACAUCCCAUCCCGAGCUGCCUUCCCCUGUGCCCUUUUUUCUCUGAGGCUCCUAGGGAAGUUCAGGGGACUCGGCGAAGCCAGAGCAGAUGUCUUGUAGCUAUCACGCAUUUAAUUAUGUACGAUUGAAGUUAGCUUCAGAGGCACACGGUGACUCCUUCACUUGAAUUGGUCUCUAAGACAAAAAGACUUUGCUUUCUCCUGACCCCGUGACAGUGACUGACUGCUUACCUCGUUAAUUGAUCUUAUCCCUUUUAUUUGCUAUCAAGCAGUUCCUUAAGUCUUUCUGUUCUAGGUGAGCUUUCCACACAUUCGUGGCGUCUUUGUCCAACUGGAUUGUAGGUCCCUUGAGGGAAGGGGUGUUUGCUCAGGUUUUGGAGGAUCUGCCAGGCCUGGCCAGCAGAGUGCCCAGGUGAUGGUGUGAGUGAGCAGGAAAUAGCAAUGUCUAUGGUGGAUUUCUUGCAAUCAGAACUUUGGCUUUGUGGGGUUUUUCCCUCCAUUCAGUAGGAAAUACUGUUGCAGUUGAAAUCGAAGUCUAAAGUAAUAUACUCUUUCAAUAAAUUAUUUCAAAAUGUUCUUUAUUGAUGGAAACCAGUUACAUUUUUGAGAUGCAUCAUUUCCAAUGGCAUUUCUAUGGUUUUUAACUUUUUAUUGAAUUUCACAAAGGACAAAUGGUAAUUUGUAUAUAAAGUACUCGGUAAUGAAUUUGUUUAAUGUAAAUAGAAAUAUUCAUGAUUAGUGCUAGACUUCUCAAUAUAUUUUUGAUAAUCUUUCAUGUACGGAAAAAGUAAAAAUUGUAACUGAUGUAAAAUUGAGAGUUUCCGGCAGACAUGGGGGAAACAUGGAGGUGUUCAGACUUUCUGAAGAGAUUUUGUUAACAUUCUGAGGCACAGUUUUCUUGACCUCAUUGUAUGAUCCAACUUUGCAUACUUUGGUAAUAUAAAGUUUAGAAAACAUAUGUCAUCAUAGUUGUUGGGCAGAGUGCUCCCAGACAUAGCCGUGUGUGUUUGAAAACUUCAUGGGCUCUGGUGUGUGUCCACACUUGUGCAAAUUUAUAUGUCCCUUUUUCCUUAUAUCUCUAUUUUUGUUUACCGCUCAAGUGGCCUUGUCAAUAAAGUGUAAAUACUGAGA